GAUUGGGGGGCUAAAGAGGGGCUGAUCUGACAGUAGCAAUACGUAAAAUUAAUUAUUUAAAAAUAUAUAUUUUUAAAAUUUAAAACACAUUAUUUACUUAUGUUACAAUACAAUAUAUUGUUAAGAUGAUUGUUGUAAAUUGUAUUUGUGUCAUGUGACUUGUGUUAUUGUGCUGAUUGUUCGAAUGUAUGUUCAUAUUUUUCAAAUCUAUGCCGCCGGUUUUGUACAUAAAUACUCACUAAGUUCUAUUACUUCGAUAGUAGAAUUAAACAACUUUUAGUAUCUAUUAUCACUUAUGAAGAGAUUAAUGCCGAUCUACUGAUCAAAGAGUACAAUUUUUAUUGUAUGAUCAAGAAAAUAAGUUAAGCACUAGCUGGAUUAUAUAAACUGGAGGAUAAACAUAAAUUGGCAUGGGCUUACUUCGACUAUCAUUAAAAAGAUGCUUUCUAUACGUGUUUUGUGCGACUGUAAUGAUCUUACUGGUGAUGAAUGUGCGUCAAAAAGAACUGUGGCACUCAAUACGAGCUGAUGGACAAUCACAAUCGAUACGACCACUUCCGGAUACAAAUAAGCUUUCGAAUGUAACGGGAACAACAAGCUCACCGGAAGCCAUUCCCGACUUUUCUGACCCAUCAAAGAGGCCAUGGUAUAUGAAAGGUGGAACAAAGCGACCUGUUCCUGCUGUUAAAUCUAAAAGGACUGGCCGAAGAAUAGCAAGAUUAUGGCCCGAUGAAGAUCCAAACGAUGAUCGUAUUACGAAUCAGCUGAUGUUCAUACCACCAGAUUAUGACAAAAGUUCCGAGCGCCGAGCAAAAAAAAUAAUGAUUCCUCAUGGAAUGAACGAAGCAAAAGUUGGCGGUGAACUAUUCCAAUGGCUGGGUUGUCCUGUCAGUAAUUGUGUGAUUACACGCGAUAAUCCUGACUCCGCAGAUUUAAUACUAUUCAAAGACUAUGUAACUCACAUAGGUCGUAGAUCUCCUAAUCAGAUUUGGAUGCUGUAUUUUCUCGAGUGUCCUUAUCACACACAAGCAGUUAAAAAUGCGAUAGUUAAUUUAACAGCAACAUAUCGCAGAGACAGUGACAUUGUCGCUCCUUACGAACGAUGGCAGUAUUACGAUCCUCGUAUAACGCAAAUAUCACAAACGUUUAACUAUGCCGCUAAUAAAACUAAAAAAGUCGCUUGGUUUGUGUCUAAUUGUCAUGCUCGUAAUCAACGAAUGCAAUAUGCCAAAGAAUUAUCAAAAUAUAUCCAAGUUGAUAUUUAUGGAGCAUGCGGUAGCCUGAGAUGUUCGCGAUCUCAAGCGCAAACUUGUUUUGAAAUGUUAGACAUUGACUACAAAUUUUAUUUAGCAUUUGAAAAUUCAAAUUGCCGCGACUAUAUCACGGAAAAAUUUUUUGUCAAUGGACUGGGGCACAAUAUUUUGCCCAUCGUAAUGGGCGCGCAUCCAACGGAUUAUGCUAAAAGUGCGCCCUAUCGUUCUUACAUUCAUGUAGAUGAGUUUGAAUCACCGCGCGAACUAGCCGACUAUCUUCAUCGGCUUGACCACGAUGAUGAAUUAUAUAACUCUUAUUUCAAAUGGAAAGGCACAGGUGAAUUUAUAAAUACAUAUUUUUGGUGUCGCGUUUGUGCGAUGGUACACGACGAAAGACCGCCGAAAUAUUACAAAGAUGUUAAUGAAUGGUGGCGAGGCGACGAUGUUUGCACACUUAAUUCAUGGAGAGAAAAUGAAAAUCAUGAGUUACUAAAUAAUCUUGUCAAUAAGGAAGAUUAGGUGCUUAGUUGAAGACAAGUGGUCUUGCUUGAAGAAUUCAAUAGUAUCGAUUGAAGAUAAUAUAGUUUCUGGUCAAGACACGAGAGUUAUCCAUCAAAGAUACAAAAUCUUUAGAGCCAAGAAAAUCUAAAUCAAGACAAGAAUUUCUUGAAGCAAGAUAAUUGGUUUUCUUCAGAAAUAAAUUCUUAGCUCAAGAAAAUAUUUCUUGAGUCAAUAUAAAAUUUCUAUCAGUGCGUGUAAAUUUCAAUCGUAUAAAAAAUAUUUUUGUAGAUUUCAAAUUUUGCAAAAUUUUCUGUAGAGA